AUUCUAUGGGACCAAUCAGAGAUCAAUAUUCUGAGGGCACUUUUUAGAACGUUAUAGUUUACAUGAAAAAAGAACAAUUAGGCAGAAUACUGAUUAACACCACUUCAACCAGUAUGAGCGGAGAACUUUAUUGAGUAACUAGUUGGAUGCCGGAGUGUUGUCCUGAAAUUACAGUAUUUUAGAUUUUAUCAACCAUAUUUUUUAUUCCCUUCAUUGAAAAUAAAAGAUAAUCAGAAAGGUAAAAAAUUUUUAUAUUUGCUAUUGUUUAGUAAAUAUUAAAGAUAUCAACUAUUCUUGAUAGUUUUGAUUCAUACGAUUAAGUAGAUAUUCAUGUCUUAUCUUUUUGAUACUGCGAAUAUUUAUCCAUUGAAUUUUUAUUUUUACAGCUAUAAUACAGAAUCUGCACUUAACCUGUCAAAAAUGGCUUUCUUUCAGCAAUUAAGAUUGCUUUUAUGGAAAAAUUUUACACUUAAACGGCGAAAACCUAUUAUGACCACUGUUGAGAUAAUAUGGCCAUUAUUUUUAUUUAUUAUUCUUGCUUGGGUUAGAACGAGAGGUUUAAAAGAAUUCAAUCACGAAUGUCACUUCGACGCUAAAGCUUUGCCAUCAACUGGUAUUUUCCCAUUUCUGCAGAGUGUAGUUUGCAGCUUGAAUAAUACUUGUCACAUCAAUGAAACUGAUACUGAACGAAGAUUGCUAACUGACACUUUCUCGUCAAGUUCCUUGACAACUAUAAUAUCUGACUUUGAUGUGGUUCUUAGCAAUGAGAACAACAUAGAAGCUUUGGCGAGACUAAUAGUUGAUGCUGAUAAUUUGAGGAAACUAGUCUCUGACGACAUUCUUAGCGGUAACGUCCCAUGUACCACACAACUUACAAAUCUGUUAAACUCUAGUGACUUUAGAGAACGACUUAAAGAAGAUAAUAUCUCUUUAUCCAACGAGGCUAUUACGUUACUUCUACAGAGUGACAUUAACGAAACAAACGCCUUGAUGAGGGGACUGGACUUUUUAAGGGAUCAGCAAUUUAAUCCUAAUAGAUUAAAUGAAGAAGCAGAAACGAUAUUUUGUGAUAAGAAUGAAUUUGAUCGUUUAUUGACCGUUCAUCAUAGUGAUAACGAAACGGAAAUAUUGCGUCAAUCCAUUUGUGGUCUGCCUGGGGAUCAAAGAGUAGAUUUGCUGAAUGAUCUUAUACAAGCUAUAUCAAUACCUAGAUUAAUUGAAGGGCUUAAUAAUUGUUCAGAAGCAGCGGGAAUACCCAGAGUCCAGAGUCGCUUUGAGGAAAUUAACUCUCUUACGAGGAUUGCUAAUGAUAUCUCCCAACUGAAUUCUUUGUGGAAAGCUUUUGGGGAUAUUCAACAAGCUGUUGGUACAUCGGAUGCACCGACAUCAUCAAGAAUUAGCAAACUACUCUGUGGCAGAUCAUCCCAAUUUCUUGAAAGAAUUUUGCGAAGUCAGGAAAGUGCCAACGAGGCGCUUCCAACUACUAAGAGGCCUAGCAAUGACGAUAAUGAUCACGAAGCUCAUGAAAAUGAUCAGAGAAGAAAAUGUGUAGAGAAGUAUGAGAAUAUGACUGACUACUGCAAGUCAUUUAUAUGUAGUAUGCAAGAAUCGAGAUCAACUAGAUUACUAUGGAGGCAACUUGGACCAAUUGUCAGAGGAAAUAUACUCUAUACUCCUGACAUUCCAGUUGUUAGGGAAUUUUUGAACAAUUCGUUGACUUUAUUUCAACAGAUUGGUUUGCUUAAACAAUUUGCAAAGGAUUUCUUGGAUAUAACUCCAGAUUUAGUCAGUACGGUUAAUAGCGAAUGGUUUGAAGUUAUAUUAUCUGCCGUUCAAUCACCUCAAACUGGUAGUAUUUUCCCCAAUACAACCGGAGUAAAUGAUUUCCAAAACUUAAUUAGAAAUCAGAAUUUAUCAGACCUAAUAGAAACGGUAGCAGCUGUUAUAAAUGCAACUGCACAGUUUCUAGACUGUGUGAAACUUGACAAAUUGCAAGGAAUUGAAUCAGAAGGUCGUUUACUUUAUGAAGGACAAAAGAUGAUCAGUAAUGGAACAUUCUGGGCUGGAAUAGUAUUUGAAAUUCCUGAAGAUGCUAAAGAAAUACCUGAUUUACUUCACUAUAAAAUAAGAAUGGAUUCGGCAAAAAUUGAUAAUACAAAAUAUAAAGUAGAUCGAUUUUGGCGGCCUGGUCCUAGAAGGAUGCCUUUUAGUGAUCUGAAGUAUUUCCUCUCGGGUUUUAUCUUUCUUCAAGAUAUGAUCGACUCUUAUUAUAUAAAAACAAGAGCAACAGACCCAAAUGAAGCGAACCUUGGAAUGUACAUGCAACAAUUUCCAUAUCCCUGUUAUAUCUAUGAUCAAUUUGUUAGAGCUUUAACUGGUAUGAUGCCGCUGUUUAUGACUGUUGCAUGGAUUUUAUCCGUUGCUAUGAUUGUCAGAUCUAUCGUGUAUGAAAAGGAAAAACGAUUAAAAGAGGUAAUGCGAACUAUGGGUCUAGGAAACCUUGUACACUGGAUUGCCUCGUUUAUAACGUCAUUAAUAAUUUUGUUAGUAAGCUGUAUUGCUCUCCUCAUUAUCUUAAAAGUUGGAAAAGUGGCUGAACAUGCAAAUGCCGGUGUAAUCUUGGUUUUUCUCCUUUGUCAUGUAGUCGCUACGAUAGCUCAAACUUUCCUUAUCUCAACACUCUUUUCCAGAGCUAAUUUAGCGGCGGUUUGCGCUGCCAUUAUCUAUUUCGUCGGCUAUUUGCCAUAUAGCAUAUGCUUAAGAUAUGAAGAAAAUAUGAUGUUCUGGCAUAAAUGCGUAGCUUGUUUAUCUUCAACCGUAUCAUUUGGUUUUGGAUGCUCUUAUAUAGCUCGAUACGAAGAGAUUGGUGAAGGACUUCAGUGGUCAAACGUAGGAAAAAGCCCUCUGCCAGAUGAUAACUUCAGCGCUGCUACAUCCAUGUUAAUGAUGCUCGUUGAUUCCUGCAUUUAUUUUCUGAUCACUUGGUACAUCGAAGCAGUCUUUCCAGGAGAUUACGGAGUUCCACAAAAAUGGUACUUUCCUGUCCAAUCUUCCUACUGGAGAGGCUUCAUCUCAAUGAAAAAGGUCAGUGAUUCAAGCACUGCGUACCAUUCCGAAAGUUUAGAUUCAACUAAAUACGAAGAGUGGGCAUCUCAUGAGAAAAUAGGCGUCAGUAUCAAGGGUUUAACGAAAAAAUUCGGCAAUAAAACCGCAGUUGAUAGUUUAAACUUGAAUUUUGCACAUGAUCAAAUUACAUCUUUCCUUGGUCAUAAUGGAGCUGGAAAGACCACAACAAUUUCAAUAUUAACUGGCAUUAUUCCACCAUCGUCUGGAACGGCUGUUAUUUAUGAUAAAGAUAUUAGAACUGAUCUGCCUGAAAUAAGAAAAUCUCUGGGACUCUGCCCACAACAUAACGUAUUAUUUGGUAAUCUCACUUGUGAGGAGCACGUCUGGUUUUACGGCUCCCUAAAGGGCAUGACAAAUGCUGAAAUAAAACAAGAUUUAGACAAACUAUUAAGCGAUGUUGAUUUAAUACACAAAAAGGAUGCUCUAUCAACUUCCCUAUCAGGUGGAAUGCAAAGAAAACUUUCCAUUGCUAUUGCCUUCGUAGGAAAUUCUAAAGUGGUUAUUUUGGACGAACCAACAGCUGGAGUAGAUCCUCACGCUAGGCGAGCUAUUUGGGAAUUACUUCUUAAAUACAAAAAAAGUCGUACCAUCAUACUGUGUACCCACUUUAUGGAUGAAGCUGAUGUUCUGGGAGAUAAAAUAGCUAUUAUUGCUCAUGGUAAACUUAAAUGUUAUGGAUCUAGUAUGUUUUUAAAGAAUUCUCUUGGUGAUGGAUACCAGUUGACGUUAGUAAGAGCUGAAGAACAAAUAAAAGAUUCAACGGCUGUAACUAGACUCGUUUGCCAGCAUGUUGAGGAAGCUAGGUUAAUUGAAGAUAUUGGAACGGAAAUGACUUUUCAAUUGCCAUCAUCAAAGUCACAAAAUUUUCCCGAACUGUUUAAUGCUUUAGAAAAAUUAAAGGAAGAACUCGGAAUAUCAAGUUAUGGAAUUUCGGACGCAGCCUUAGAAGAAGUUUUUCUAAAAGUUGCAGAAGAUGCUAAAGUUACCGAGGGAACUGAACAAAGAGAAAGAGACGAAAUAGAUGAUACACGAAGUGAAAAUAAUAUAUCAUUUCCAACUACAUUUUCCAGUUUCCGCAAGAGAUUAAAUUAUUUAAAUAAGAAGCUCAGAAAAACUGUCGAUUCUAGACAUUUGGUCAAUGAUCACCAUAAAAAUAUUAAUAUUGAAAAUUGCAAUGGUGCAGGAUCUCAUAAGAUCGAUGGAUUUCACUUGCUAAGGAGACAAUUUUCUGGAAUAUUUAUUAAAAGAUUUCAUAAUACUCGAAGGAAUAUUAAAGGUCUAUUUGCAGAAAUAGUACUUCCUGCAGUAUUUGUUUGCUUGGCAAUGAUUUUCUCAACCCUGAAAAUUACUCAACCCGAUCAAGCCCCAUUGGAAUUACAUCCUUGGACUCUAAAGCCUAGUAAUGCUGAGGACAAGCAUUUGUAUAUGUUCUAUAGCAAAGAUAGUACUAAUUCAAUAUUAGGAGACAAACUAGAAUAUGAGCUUACUCAGUCUGAAACCAGUUUAGGAACUCGUUGUCUCCCCUCAGACUUUUGGAAUAUAGAUGGAAAAAGUUGUGAAAAAUCCUCUAGUACAAAAUGGUCUGAACCACCUGCGUUUGUUGCUAAUUACUCAUCAUUGCCUAAGUGCUCCUGUGAGAAUGGGUUCAUAAAAUGCCCUGAUGGAGCUGCAGGCCCCACACCUGCUAAAAGGAUCCUUCCCACUACAGAUGUAAUCUUUAACUUGACGAACUACAAUGUUUCCGAUUGGUUGAAGAAGACUAUGCCUGAUUAUAUUAAGAAGCGGUAUGGGGGGUAUUCCUUUAUUGACAAUAACGAAUUGGACUUGAAUAAUUCUGAAAUAGUAAAUAGUACUCAAAAUCUGCAAUUGCUCAGCACCCUUAUUUGUGGUAACAUUACCAAUUGUUCUGCUAGAGCUAUUCUAAAUGAUCUGAUAAAUAUCUCAAAAAUAGCUGUAACCCCUAAAACAGCAAAAGUGUGGUUCAAUAACAAGGGCCAUCCAGCAUCAGUAGCCUAUUUAAAUGCAUUUUCUAACAUGCUUUUGAGGGCUACUGUCAACUCAACUACUUCAAGAAGACAUGGUAUAGUUGCGGUUCAACAUCCGUUAAAUUUAACGUCACUUCAAUUGGAGGAUUUUGCCUUAAGAGCUUCAGCAGUUGAUGUUCUUAUAGCUAUCAGUGUAAUAUUUGCGUUAUCUUUUAUACCUGCAUCCUUCGUUCUGUUCUUGAUAGACGAGAGAGUUUCUAACGCUAAGCACUUGCAGUUGGUUUCUGGUGUCAGUCCAGUUGUAUACUGGCUAUCAACUUUUGCCUGGGAUAUGUUAAGCUACUGUUUUUCAGUACUGAUUUGCUUUAUUAUCUUCUUAUGCUUUCAAACAAAGGCAUACGUAUCUGCAGAUAAUGCACCGUGUUUACUCCUUUUACUUUUACUCUACGGGUGGUCAAUAAUUCCUAUGAUGUACCCUACAAAUUAUUUAUUUAGAAUUCCUUCUCUUGCAUUUAUUCUACUAUCUAGCAUCAACGUAAUGGUUGGUUUCUUGUCAACAAUAUCUACAUACUUUAUGGAAUUCUUCGAUGAUGAAGAAUUACAAAAUAUCAACAACAUUUUGAGAAAAGUUUUCCUUAUUUUACCGCACUAUUGCCUUGGUAGAGGCUUGGUAGACAUGGCAGCUAAUCAAUUGUCAGCCGACGUUUUCCAAAGUCUUGGUGAGGUAGAGUUUAAAGAUCCUCUUAGUUGGGAAAUGUGUGGCAAGAAUCUACUCUCCAUGUUCUUACUUGGAUGGUUGUUUUUAGCCUUAACUCUCUGUAUUCAAUAUGGCUUUUGGUACAGGAAAUGGUUUCCAAUGGCGAAAAAGCAAUACAUACCACCUGCCAAUGCAGCGGAGGAUCCAGAUGUUGAAGCGGAACGACACCGUGUUCAAUCAUCUGAUGACUUAUUGAAAGUAGAUGGACUUGCAAAAGUUUACAACAAUUUUCAACCGUUUAUGUGCCGAUUUAAACCGAAUUCGGCUGUAAAAGGUAUCCAUUUUGGAGUGAGAAAGGGUCAGUGUUUUGGUCUGUUGGGUGUCAAUGGAGCUGGAAAAACAACUACUUUCAAAAUGUUGACUGGGGACUUGGAUGUAGGUCAUGGAGAUGCUUUCAUCGACGGGAAGAGCGUCAAGAAGGAGCCUUCAGAAGCCUUUAAGAGACUAGGAUACUGUCCUCAAUUCGAUGCGAUUUGGCCCCUCCUUACUGCAAGAGAGCAUUUAAUUUUUUUUGCAAAAAUAAGAGGCGUACCAGAGAAAGAUAUAGCCAGGGUUGCUCAAUGGGCCAUCAGUCGAAUGAGCUUGACAAGAUAUGCGGAUAGACCAUCAGGAACAUAUUCAGGUGGAAAUAAGAGGAAACUCAGUACAGCAAUCGCCCUGGUUGGAAAUCCAUCCAUUGUCUUUUUGGACGAACCAACAACUGGUAUGGAUCCAGCAGCUAAAAGAUUCUUAUGGUCAGCCAUAUCCGAUAUAGUGAAAGAAGGCCGAUCAGUUGUGCUGACAUCUCACAGCAUGGAAGAAUGCGAAGCUUUGUGCGGAAGAAUAUCGAUUAUGGUUAACGGAAGAUUCAAGUGCAUUGGAUCAAUUCAACAUAUAAAACAUCGUUUUGGAAAUGGCUAUACUUUAUCUAUUAGAGUGAAGGAGAAGAAUCUUGUUGAAAACGCUAAGAAUUUUGUGGAAAAGACAUUUACAGAGAAUAAAAAACUAGAAGAACAUAACACCAUGAUAAAGUAUCAAAUUUUUAAUUGCUCUUUAAGUUCUAUGUUCUCUUCUAUUGAGGAAAACAAGGCAACACUCGGCAUAGAAGACUAUUCGCUCUGUCAAACAACACUUGAUCAAGUUUUCAUUGAUUUUGCCCGAGAUCAGAAUGAUUUCAAUGAUGAUAAUGAUGAUCGACGACAAGUCAAUUCAAUUAACCAGUAUAGUUCUGGCGCAGUGGAAAUGAGAUCCGUCAACGGUCAUUCGCCUGAGGAUGGACAAGAAGACAGGCCGAAAUCUGCAGUGAGCCAAAGAGACGUAGUUUUACCCGUAACUAUGAAUGGUAUUGAAUCCGACACGCAUUCCAUAGCUUGA